AUGUGGCUCUUCCUCCUGCUCAUCUUCUGCGGCGGCGCCUCCUCGGGAACCAACGAUGCGAAAAACUACGAUCACAUGGUGGCCCUGCAGAAGUUCGGUAUCUGGAUGACUGAUGCUCAACGAUUGGAAUUGUCCGAAAUGGAGUCGCAGUUUGAACAGGAGAAAACCUUGGAGAAGGUAGAUUCGUACUUCAAAGCGCUGGGCCCGCAAGAGCAAGAGGCAGUCGUGGAGUUGGUGAGGGAUGGAUGUCGGGAUAUGAUGAUGGCCGCAUUCGGCGCGAGGUACAGUGAGGUGCGUAAGAUUUUGGCCGAUCCUGAACUGAUGGAAGAUUUUGAGAAGAGGGUGGCACUACUGGUCGACUCCGUGCCCCCGACACAUGCCCGUGGCUUUCUAAUUGGUGCCCUUCCGCAUUGCCGCCAUGCAUAUCAAUGGAAACGGACUGGGGCUGAAGUCACCGCUCGACCCUCAACAAAAGUACCC